AUGCCAGCAACGUUAACUGAUGCAUCCAUCACAUUCAAAACCGUCUCGACUCUCGAGUCUCGACACUCUACACCUCUCAUACCCACCCAUACUAAUCUCCACCUGCCUACCGUUGAAGAAACAGUGAAGAAAAUUCACAAGAGGAUGAUCAUUCGUCUCGCAAGGACCACAUUCCCUUGUCCAGAUUUGACGUUUCGUUUCAUCCAUCAUGAUCUGUCAAUUGCAAGUUUGCAAUGCAACAAUGCACGUACUCCGUACGUAGCAGAAAAAAAAAGCUCCACUCUUCACAUUUAUUCAUUCAAACUCCAAUUCUCCAACAAUACGUUCUUCACCGUUCGUUUCCACAGUGAUGAUGAAUCUUCAAUUCCUGAGGCUUGCCAACAAGGUAACAUGGUGAAAGGAUGA